AAAAAAAAAAAAAAAAAAAUUCAAAGUUUCUUCUAUGACUUGGAAAAUUGUCCCAAGAAUCGUCAAAAGCUUUUGAUCAGAUUGUUCUUCUCCAAUUUCAGAACUUCUCAUCCUUGGGAUCGUCUUCUCCCGAUAUUCCUAGAGUCUCAACGAUAUCAUAAUGAGAGGUCCUGAGAAGAGUCUUCUGCAUACAAAAAUCUUGAUCUAGUGAAGUUUCGGUGCUGCAGGCGAUCAGGAAAUCUGAAUUGCCCUGUCGAUAUAUCGACUUCAGAGUGAAUGAACGGGCAAUCUUACUUCGAUGGUGGAACUCCGGAGAACUAUUGUUCUCAGACAAAUCACUGACUCGGCCCUCGUGCCAUGGCUCUCAUAAUAUCAAUCAAGGAAGUACUCUCACACCUCUUCUUCGACCCUCGUAAUAAAUGGAACGUCUUGGAGGGAUUAUCGGCUCUGAGAUGGCAAGAACCCGAACGAUGCAGAUGAAGAAAGCAGCGAUAGACCAGGGUGUGGCGCGUGUUUGUGAAGCUCUGAAAUCGAUCGGAGAAUUGUGGAAAAUGAAUUACGUUUGGAUUGAUAGGAUCAGAUGUAGUGGGACGGAAGAAGAAAGCCAUGGGAAAGUCGUUGAUGAAGUCUUGGGGAUGCUGGAAGGGAUGAUAUGUGUAAUGAGGGGAAGAGAGUCUAAUGGAAUGGGGAAGUUCAACAGCAAUUGUGAUGCAUUGGCCACAGCUCUCCAUGCUCACUUUUCUCAAGCAGCAGUGGAAGGGCAGAGGAGCAGUUCGAGCCGAAAUGAGAGGGAAGCAGCAGCACCGGAUGAAUUUCUUCAGUCAUCACCGCCGCCACCAUUGCCACAGCCUCAUCCUCCUCAAUCUUCAGCUCGAAGUUCACCACAGCUCACACCUACUAAUCCUCGAAUUCCAUCGCCGGUACUGCCACCGCCUGAAACUCAUCCUCGGCUUGCAGCUCGAAUUCCUCUACCACCAACCCCUCCUCCUGCUCGAAUACCAAAAGUAAUGCCAACUCCUCCUGCUCCUCCUCCUCCUCCAUCUCCGUCGCCACUUUCUCCUCUGUACUCUCAAAUUCCUCCACCGCCACCCCCUCCACCUGCUCGAGUUCCGCUGUCACGACCUCCUCCUCCCUCUCAAGUUCCAUCACCAACUCCUCCUCCUCCUCGACCGCUGCCACCAACUCCUCCUCCUCCUCCUCUUGCACCACCUAAAUUGCUGCCUGAAUCACCACCAACCAAAGCAGCUAGUGGCCCACUACCACCUCCCCCGCCUCCGCCACCAGCCACUCCGAAGAUAUCACGAACUACAAAAGCAACAACAGCACCUCAGCCACCACCGCCUCCAAUGCCUUCAAUAGGAUCGGCGCCGCCACCACCACUGCAGGCACCACUUGUAAAAGGAACCGCUGCAGCUCCGCCACCCCCUCCACCAGGUGCAGGAAGAACCUUUUACCCCCGGAAACCGACCACCAAGCUGAAGAGAUCGACCCAAAUUAGCAAACUUCAUCGUCUUCUCAAGGCGAAAAUGGAGGGAUCCAAUCUCGAUGACAAAUCGAUUGAUAAUGCCAGGAAAGCUCAGGUUAAAGCCUCGUCCGAUGGCGGUAAACAAGGGAUGAGUGAUACCAUUGCAGAGAUGACUAAAAGAUCGGCGUACUUUCAGGAGAUUGAGAGAGAUGUCCAGACAUACACGAAACCGAUCAUGGAACUGAGAGCUAAGCUAACCACUUUCAAGAACACGGACAUGAUUGAGCUGCUAAAGUUCCGUAACCAAAUCGAAUCCCUCCUUGAAAAGUUGACUGAUGAAUCCCAGGUCCUAAGAAGGUUCGAAGGCUUCCCCAUGAACAAAUUAGAGAGCCUGCGAGCAGCUGCUGCUCUCUACAUGAAACUCGAGACUUUCAAUGCCGACUUGCAGAGCUGGAAGAUCGCUCCUCCCUUGGGUGAUCUUCUUGGUCAGGUCGAACGGUACUUCAGUAAGAUGAAGCGAGAGAUUGACACUAUCGAAAAGACCAAAGAUGAGGAUCAUAAGAAAUUUAUGAGCCACAGCAUACACUUCGAUUUCAAUAUCCUACUCCGAGUCAAAGAAUCGACGGUGGAUGUUUCUUCAAGUUGCAUGGAGCUAGCACUCAAGGAAAACUGGGUGAAGGCGUGCACGGAGAUGCUGUGGAGAGCUUUCCAAUUGGCUUUCCGAGUCCAUUCGUUUGCUGUGGGGCACGACGACCGCGCGGAAAUGCUGACCCGGGAACUAGCUCGUGAAAUCGAGAUUGGCAUUGCAAAUAGAUCCAAAACCGGGGGAAAAUACUAGCUUUAGGGAAUAAUUUUGUAAGUUCCGGAUCAAAAGUCAUAUGUACAGCUCAAGAACAUGUACAUGGCAAAGUUUUCAUAACUUUAUAUACAAUAAAUGUGUUUGAUAAUUCUCAAAA